AUGCUGAACGAGGAGAUGAGCAAGCUUCGCGAAUACCUGGGAUCAACUGAAAAAGAACUCAGUGAUUUAAGACGUCUUCUUGACAAAGAGGUACCUUUUUUUGCUUAUUUCGAAUCGCAUUACUGUCGGCCGAAAAAGUUAAAUAUGAUACGGAAUCCUAUCCAAAAGGCAUAUAGGCGCACACCAGUAUAAAAUGUUCUUUAUUUAUGGCGUGUUAAGCAAUUCAGCUGAUAUCGUGAUAGGUUUCCCUUUCAGCCGCAAGGGUGUUUUUUAGACCUCAGAAGAAAAAUCAGUGCUUUUCAAUAGCGGCAUAGUCUGGGGAAAGCUACUCGUAGUGUUUACUCGCUUUUUAUAGAACUUGAUUGCUUAGCAGUCAAACUUCGGGGCUUCUCUGUUCUAUUUUUGGAUACGUUCGUAGUCAUCAAACUAAUGGAAGGAAUCAACUAUAUUACUGCCAGAGGUCAAAGGUCGAUUACGCUAUCGUUGUUUAAAGUGUAAGCGCAAUGUGGGCAUUGAAACUAAGGUAAGCCGAAGGGGGAUGCUGAAAUCGUUAGUGGGGAAAGUAGCGGAGGCUGAAACGAAGAAGGCAACCGGAUGUAUGACAAAUCUGCUGCGAAAUUAAAGGAAGCCCAGAACACCCACAAAAGACCUGGCUGACAGGACAACGUGGGACGGUAAUAUGCCAAAUUUUACAGUAAACCUAACCCUAACCUCGAAAGUAAACCCAGUCCUUAACGUAAUCAUAAAAAUAACUCUAACCCUAAACUUAACAAUAAAGCUAACCCUAAGCCUACCACAAACCCUAGUCCUAACCCUAAGCCCAACCAUAGUCCUGACCAAAAUCCCAUCCCUAGCCUUAACCGUAACCCCACCCUAAUCCUAACCCCAACCCCAACCUUAACACUAGGCAUAAACCUAAACCGCAAUCCAAACCCCAACUCUAACCGGGUCCCUUAAACUUACCUCAAACUCUAAGCCUAGAUUAAAUCCUCAGCCUGACGCUAACCCAAAUCCUAAAAAUAACCCUAUCUCUAAAUCAAGACAGCAGGUUGCCCUUUUCCGUCUAAGCUUUGGCUUCUUUCCUCACUAACGAUUUCAGCAUCCUCCUUCGGUUUAUUUUACUUGUAAUCCACAUUGCGCUUACACUUGGGACCAGGAUAGCGUAAUUGACUCCUGCCCAAAGUCUGUACACACAAGAGCGCCAGGCGGCAGACAAAUCUACUAAAUUCUCCUAUAAGAGUGAUCGGUGAACAAAAGUUUGAAAGUAUAAAAGUCUUGGUUUUUAAAUUUUCGCUGAAAAUGCAACCUAAGGGCGAAAAUGACUCAGUUUUCUCUUUGAAUGCAUGGUAGGAACUACCUGAUCAAGCACCUUAACGCUGACGGUUCGGCCUUCGCAAGGGACUAGGUCCACCGCAGCCUUAAGAGGUGGGCACCUCCGUGACUUGCCCAUGAAUACUUUUCUGCGGCAAAACAGGCAUGCAUUGUCUUGUUUAAUUUCCGAGGAAAUUAAUGCGCGAACUUGGAGUAAAUCAUUCGAAACGGGCCUUUUCAGGCACGCUCCAAAUUUUGAUAUGACUAUUUGAGCUGAAAUCCAUCAGCUACUGCGGAAUAACCACUUAAUAUUCACAAACCGCCAACAGGCAGGCAGUAGACUUGCAUUGUGUCUACAUUAUUUCUCCUUCCCACAUCCGCCGCCAUCCAAUGAUAGGACGACAAAAACAAACUACUUACACAUGCCUAUCGCACACGACCUGGUCCUUUUCUCCACACCUACCAGACCUUAUUAAGAGGGUCCAGGCUCCAACGCAAGUGAUAGAGCAAUGAAGGUGAUGUACCCAAGGAGGCAUUGCAGCCCAAGCCUUAACACUGACUCACUUCACAAACACAUACCUCCGAAUUGCCGGCAGAAACCGACCGUAUAGAAGCUUGUAAGGAGGGUUUUCUAUGCUUCAAGGCACUUUUCCGAGAGUGAAGAGGAGACGAGAGAGUUUGUGCAUUUCUGCCUUUUUCACCCGAAAGAUGUUAGUGACACCUGCUGACUUAACGACUGAAUGCUGAUUUUUCGUUUGUUAUUACAGCUGAAGGACAAAAUCGAGAAACGAAAUGCCGCAGAGCGCAAGGCAGCCACUGAUAAACAAAUGGCGACUAUUAAACAGAUGCAUAUUGACCAACUGGUAAGUUUUUCAUGGCUAGUCGAAAGCGGUACUAAGUCGAAAUCCUUUUUUCUCAUACAAAGCUGCCCUUUCUUGUAGAUGCUUGAUAUUGCAGAGAAGGAUAAAACGAUCAAGGCGAUGCAAGAGGAGUUAGAACUCCACGCAAGGACCAAGAAACAGCAAGCUGACAAAUCACUGCGUGAUGUUGAUACGCUCAAGAAGAGGCUGCAAGAUGAGAAGAAACUGAAAAAGAUUGCAAUCCACAAAGUCGACGACCUCUUGUCCCAGGUGAGUAAUCCCAAUCCUAGCUCUGUCAUUCCCUAAUAUGAGGACUCGGAUUAAGCUGGUAGCGCAUUGAUACGCAAGCGCUGGUUAUGAUUAACCAUGGCGUUUUAGAAAGGUCGUUAAAUGGUAUACUGGACGGUGUUAAACGUUUCUUCCGGCUGUUAUAUCUAAAGCCAAAAGUAUUCAACGUCCCAAAACACUUAAAAGACGCGGCAAGAGCUUCUUAAAUUUAACAACCAUUACUUUUGAGUGGUGUCUUUUUCUGGUCAGAGAUCAACUCUAAAACACCGCUUGGGGCAUUAAUGUGGCGCCCGCAUACAUAAACCUUCACAGUCACUUCCAAACCUGCAGCACAGGUCGUUUAUCGUCUCAAAAAUCUCUACACAAAGAGCCGUGACAUGGCCCCACUCUUGUGUUUGUGGAUAAACUGACUGAUCUGUCGACCCCAUCCACCCACGACAUCCACUGUCUGAAGGCCAUCGAGAUUGGAUGCCAACAUGAUAACCUUAGCUUAGUGAAGAUCAAUCAGCCGGCGCCUGGUGGCAGAAGGAACGACAGAGUACGACCUCCUCUACCGGCAGACCGAAUAUCAGAGGUCUUUCUGACCAGAGCUAGCCCAUUAGUGGAGCUAUAGCAGGCAAGGAUCAUGGAGAUGAUUUUCGCCGGUAUACCGUCUAGUUCCAUUAUCCGAUUCAGGGGCCCACGACGGACGGGACCAAACUCUGCGACAAACGCAACAUAGCAGACAGUUUUCGGUUGCGGUUAUCCAUAGCGGGAUGCGGUGCAUACAUGUCCAAUUCUGAAUCUGGCUUGUUCGAGUCUCGUCCUAGAGUCACGCAAACUGAAGUCGCCUGAGGACAAUCGCAGCACUUGACAUGUAACUUGGCAGCUUUUUAGGUGUCGUCGCCACUCGAGACUUGCUGCACGAGGUCAUUAUUUCAGUCCAGUAGUUUGUCGGUCAUCUCUACCCGACUUUGUCGUCACUUUCCAGAGCUAUACAAGGGAAUCGUCGUUGUUGGACAUAGUUCGAACCGGUUGGGCAGACAACUGUGAGGUUCUUCCUUUUGUCCUGUCACUGACGUCGUUGGGGGAAACCAAGACUUAUCUUAGCCUCCUUACAGACUGGUGAUUUCAAUGAUGACCAUUUCCUACUUCAUUUUCCACAGGAGUUGGAAGGAGACACUGGUUUUCUUUGCUCAGGGUAUCGGCUCUCCUAGGUCGUCAUAGUUUUGCUAUCUCAGGGCAUCCUACAUAUGAGAUUCCUGGCGUGGAUGGAAGAACGUUAAUUUCACAUGCAUUCUGACGAGAACAUGGCCUGACACACAGGCCUUGCCAGUUUCGGCACCACGCAUCGAUCUGCUGGCAUGAGCCUAGCUGCGAAACGCUGAAAUGAUCGGAAUGCAGUCAGUUUCACUGCAACCACCUUUCACGCUUCAGAUUAGUAGAUGUUUGUGGAGAUGCUGGAGACACGCCUUGAUGACCAACUAAUGAUCCCGGUCAGUAAAGCUGAACACACAUUCAUUACUGUAGCAUAGUGAGCCAAGUCUAAAGGUGUUUAAAGACUAGCCCGGGAGUUCCAGUCCACCUCAACAGUUAGCAGAUCACAGUACGUUAGUCGCUGCUAGAAGCGAGCAGGCGAGUUCCAGGAAGCAGUUCAGAAGACGAAGAUGCGAUCAUUGGAACAAGAAAUUUAUUGGCCUGACGUUUCGAAUUCUCACUCGAACCCAUCAUCAGAGACAGUCGCAGAUAAGGGUGAUGGUGGCACAAGGAGUGCAGUAUUUAUAGCACGUGGCUGCCGUGGGACCAUAUACGUACUGUAACUAACAGCUCUCGCUAUCACUGCUGGGGGUGGUAAUUAAUGCGAUGGUGGGUUGUCAGUCCGCGUCCGAGUCGUUACUGGCCGUGAUUCCGUCGUCCGUGUUGGAUGCUGAUAUGACGAUGGCUCAGAAAAUUGGCUCACUGUCACUGGGAUAGUUGCUCGCCAGCGCCUCCCACGUGACUGACUCCCCUGCCCAGGGAAAAUCUCAGCACGGAAUACCGUAACAGGAGGUCAUUGUGCUUGUUGAUGGACUGCGGGCCUGAGAACCAUGAAUCGAGCAGAUCGCGGCUCACUCUGUUGUCAACCCUUGCGAGGAUUUCGGCCUUUUAAAACUUAAAAAUAUGGCCGGGUCCCGUCGAAUGAGCCGCCACCUGAGAGCUAGCGUCUCCCCGCCCCACUGCUGCUGUUUGCUCGGCAGUUCGCGUACGGAGUAAUCUCCCAGUUUCUCCGACGCAUUUGCUUUGUCCGCAACUGCACCAGAUCCGGUAAACGACUCCUGUCGUUUCCUGCCGUGGCAGGGGGUCUUUCGUCCUCAUGACUUGGCGCCUAAUGGUUGCUUUCGGCCUGUGUGCAACCCCAACUCCAAGUGGAGUGAGAAGACGACUGCCGGCUUCCGAGACGUUCUUAACGUACGGAAGAGCCCGCCAAAAUUUGGGGCCGGUUGCUUCUAUCUACACUUACUUUGCCAUUCCUCUACGCAUACAUAGGCCCCACCCGUAAAGCCCCUAUUACCACCUUUUCCCGUAGGACAGGCACCAUUGGCUGGUCAUGUGUGUUAAGGAUCACUAAUCCGAUUGUUGCCGAUCGUGGUUCUUUAGCAGAGGCCAUUGGUAGGUGUUUAAUUGCAAACUGUAAUAAGAUAGUGCUUUAUUUUCUGUUAGGAUGGUGGGUUAGAGUGAGAAUUCGAAACGUCAGGCCAAUAAAUUUCUUGUUCCAGUGGUCGCAUCUUCGUCUUCUGAGUAUGUUUGUCAUAAGAACAGUGCUCGAAGUUGUGAAUGAAAAUUUCCUAUCGAGCUGGUCUGCAGCUGAUGCUGGUGGGAACAUGGAGACGACAGAGAUGUUCGUAAAGUACCCCUUUGUCGAACGUAAGCCAGCCGGCCAUUGCCUGGAUCCCACAGAUGCAAUACAUGGUUUACUUGUUCUGAGAGGGUCAUCGCCGCGUCGGAUUCAUUGGAGCAACCGCUGCGAUAGCGAAGUGGGAGCUGGCCUCCGGAAACCAGGGCCCCCGGGGACCAAAGCCAUAGGUUAGGAAUUCAGACGACAGCAGACAUUCGAAUUCUACUGGUGAAAACUGUGCCAUCAAACUCUGACACCUACACAUUGCGGCCUGCUGUUCAGAGGGUCCCUGCCAGGUUGAAAAGAUGAAUUCAGUCCUACUAAUAACGCAGAUUAUUUAAAAUACUAUUAUGUGAGUACAUUACAAGUCGGCACUGAUGUUGCUUUGAUUAAUUGCUUUCCCUGAUACAGUAGUAAUAUAGGAGCAAACUCAUUGAGACGUACUACGAACUUACGAUUUUGCAAAGUCCAAUUGCUCCUAAAAACGUGCCUGUGUGCCAUAUAUCAACACUUUGCUAGCUGUAUUGGACGGCCAGCCCAUAUUUAAUAUUUUCAACUUCGGAUGAAUGCAAUACAGCAUCAGAACUACGUAUUUAAAUUCUUGUGUGUAUAUUCUUGUAAAAUGGAUGUUUUUCGACAUUUGGAGUUGCGGCAUUUUCCUCAGGUCUUUCUUAAACAAUUUUCUGUUCUGUCGCUAGGUUUAUGAGUACGAGACUGCAUUCGCCAUAACUCAAAGUAAGUCCCUUUUAACCGAUUUACAAAUAUGAACACCGCAAAUCUCCCUUCCCUAACUUAACUAACGGCUUCGUUAUUCUUUGACGGACAGAAGAGAGUACGCGGAAAAUACGGCCACUAUAUACAUCAGAAGGCCUUUGUGAGAUGUGUUGGGAAAUGUACUUUGCCAACUCCAGGCACCACGUCGGUUACGUAGCUACUCAGCCUGCGAAGUAUCACUGGUAAUAAAAGCCGGCGUUCUGACAGUUGGCAACUGACCAGCCAAUUCUCUCUCACCCUGAAGAGAUAGGCACGCCGCAGUGGUUCCUUAAUAUGGUAUUUAUCUCAUCUUUUGGCAAUUUGAUAGAUUCGAGUCGCCUGCGAAGCCCAUGCUAAGCGAAUGCAGAUAUAAGGGUGUAUGUCACAGUCCGAUUCUCUCAGAUCAGCUGUCUUCCUCGGGUUUUUAUGUAUGGAUGGCAGACGACGGUUGAUAAGCCAGAAGUAGUCACUCCAGUCUCCCAUGUUUUAAUUAGAAUACUUCUGCCCUCACCGGAGUCAAUAUGGCUGCUAGCAGUGUUUAUGCCAAUCCUACGUGUUGUCACAGCUUUGUUUCGGUGAUACUGUGAAAGAUCGCCGAGUUCUGCCGGGCUGUCAACAACUUUAGAUAAAGUCUCUCGCGUAUGCUUUCCUGGACUGCAAAAGAUCAAGGAUGCCAUUCUGUGAAGAUUGGAACCGUGUGUGAAUACAUGCCAUUCGCUUGUCGUCAGCGUUUCCCCUGUAAUUUACCCUUUAGUCAAGCGAUAGGACAGUGUGUGCUGUUAGCAACAAAGGGAGAAAUGGGCAACCAGUUAAUUCUUUUAAAAAUGUUCGGUUUGUUUAUGAGAAAGCGUAUUCACUAAAGAUCGCUUGACGCGUGUGAACGAAACUCAAAGGCUCUUCACGUAUUGUGCUCUCUUUCAGCUGGUGGUCGUCCAUCUGGACCGGUGCCAACCCGAACGGCGGCGGGUGAACCGGUAGAUGCAAAGAAGGUGAAGAACAUUUCACAAAGUGGGUGCAGGAAAUUCCGCACUACAGCCGUAUCGGUAAUCAGGAAGUCGUUUUUAAAUAUUUCGAUUUUUUCCAAUUACAUCAAGGCGAGGAAAGCCGGGUGUGUGGCAUGAUUCAGUGUUAAGAGUACUUGCAAUAAACAACCUCCUAUAUGAAUGGCGCCAAACUUACCCUAGUGGGCCGAGCCACAAUUCGUAGAUAAAUUCGAAAGACAAUUUGGCGAACAUGCGUAGGCUUUCGAUAAAUUCUCAUCAGGCCUAUACAUUUAUAUUGCUGUCGACAUGAUUAAAAGGAAAAUGCGGGCAAGCAGAAGUUAUUCUGUAGCUGGGGUUUGGGGGGGGGGAGGGUCUGGGUGGGUGAGGUGAAAAACAAAAUUACUGUCAGUGUCAGGGGGGAGAAGGAGAUGGUGGGCACUGAGGCGGGUAAUUAUACGCAGAUGGUUGGCACGGUGGCUUUGGACCAUGGUAACAGUGGGGCCUGUACGAAGUUCUUUUAUGCGCGUAGAACUGGUUUGUAUAGCCUGAUUGCGGCCGCUUCUUAAAUGCCAACAAUAAAAGGUCAUCGAAAGUAGGUACGAAAUUAAUCCCCUAGGCUCUCAUAUGGAACCACUUUUUGGAAAUAUCGCAAAUGUGACUAGUUAUGCUCGGACUGUUAUGUGAGUGCUUACGAAUUACUCUCAGGAAAACUCUAGGGAGACCACAGCAGUGGUUUCUGCCUUAUUUUCUUUCAUGGGUAACCGGGGUAUUGCCGGUAGACGAUAACACAUGUGCAGGAAAUGGUGAAUUCAGUAUACCUUGAGUUUUACUACUACUUGGCCGAUCACUGUACUACUAUAAGACCUUUCGCCAGGGCUGUAGACGUAAACUCCAAAGUAAAACUUAACAUUCGUACCCCGUGCUGUGUUCAGACCAGAUUGGUGGACGCAGUUGUUGCGUGCUUGUGUUGUGCAGUAGUCUUCCGCGGGACACAGCCGACAUGCGCUAACAUCUAUCCGGUUCAGUGCACUCAUUGGAAAACAGACUCCAUUGUUCGUGAGAAUUACAGAGACCGCUGUGUAAAGUUUAGAUCAUCAGUAGAAUAAUGUGUUUGGUUCUGCAAAAUGUGUCUACAAAGACUACGUUUGCGGGAUUCUGCAGACGGAGGCAUUGCAAUUUUCGAAGGUUGAUGAUUUUACUUUUUCAAAUCCGGCUCGAGAAAACGUAUUUUAUAGCAUUGGGCCUUCUUUGGGAUAGGAACAGUUUGAUGGGCGCAAAUUUAAUUUAGUAGUAGUGGCGAAUUUAAAAAUCUCCCCCAUAUAGUUAUUGCACUAUACAACCCACGCACGCUGUAUGGCGUGUGCCUUAGGAUAUCACGCGUUUUAAUUGAUGUGUUAUGCAAACCUAAUGGUAAAAUUUCAUACGAUGAGCUUUUGAAUAACACUCAGGAUGUGCAUUAAAUCGAUGGUAACACAAGAAGACAGACAAAAGUACCUGUCAGGAACUCUGAUUAAAUCAGAGCUCUUAUGUACGUCGAAUGUAAACCUUUGUACAUGAUAACAAACUUACUCAGGCAGUUCAGAAUUCUGUCAAGUAUCGGUUAUUAAUAAGUGGACUUUAGUGCAUUUCCUCAGACAAAAUAUAAUCAGCAAUCGAAUCCGAACCGCAAAUCUUCUGCUUUCAAGUGGACUGUUGUACCACCGUACACAAUAUAAAGUCACAUAAUUUACAGUCUGAACUAAAACCUAUCAUUUAGACACGGGAAGUGGAUAAUUUUGACGUUGUGUGUGCUUUUUGCACGAUAAUUUCUCAACUGUCAUCUUUGUAUUCUUUAGUAUGAAGAUCUUCUGCGACGCUUUCCAAUUCCAUAUACUCCAGAUCACUACUUGAAUCACAGAAGACAAAUGGUAAGCUUGUCAGGGUUCUUUAAUAUCAUGUUCUGACAUUUGAUUCUGAGAAGGCGUCUUAUUUUCCGGAUGACCCAUAAGCCAUCAGCGAAGUAAUAAGCCUAUUUAAGAAAUCUGGCUAAUAAAUAUGUCAAAAUCGCUCUUCAUCUCUGAUAUGCUUAUUAACCCAUUUGCCAUUAACUUCCUCAUGUUCGAUAAAAAGCUGAAAUAGCUUAUUUGAUGCGAUACUGACGAUGGCACCAUAUCCAAAGUGCAAGUUGAAACAACAAAUGUGUAAUCUACUCCUAAACCCGAAUGCUUAUUGCACACACCAGAAGAAACCGCAACUUCACUCCCCACGAAUAUGUCCAGCGUAAUCUUGUUCUUCGGUCAUUUGCAUACCAUGAGCGCUUUGUGUUAUAUAGGGGCGGUCACUUCGCAAAUGAGCAUGUGACCUAUACAUUUUGGUGUUCUGCAUGUUUAGGUAAACAUUUAGCAAAGAAAUGAACCGCAAAAGUUGGGUCAUAAUCGCUGAUUAUUACAUGUAGUGGACAAACGCGCAAAAUAUUGACUGGGAUUCCUAAACAUGGUUUCGAUUAGAAGGGGUUAUUUAAGAAAGGCAGCAAUACUGCUUAACACUAAAUAGGAUCUCAAGGUAAUUUAUGGAGACCAGACUGUUAGCUGUUUUGGCACCGCUCCAGUCAUCGGCCAAAAUCACAGUCGCUGACAAAGGAUGGCGUGGGCAGACUAACUUUAUCCGCUUAUAUUCAUUGCCCGUUUAAAUCCAGUCCUAUUUCGCAGGAAGUACGCAGGAGUGUAUCCGUCCUUGUUUCUCUUUUUGUGGCAACUUAUUUUCUAAAAAGUUCGCACUUGACGAAAGGGUAUAUGCGGUUUUUAAGAAAAGUUUGCGAAUGCGGGAAAUUUCGAGACGGUGUAAGGCUGCUCUUGGUGUGUACAACAGGUCCCAUAUAUAUUAUAAAACGAAGAAGAUACGGCACAUUCAUGGACCGAAUUAUAUUUGUACUGACAUUUCGGAAACCCUCUCGUUUCCAUCAUCAGAGUAAUGUGUUGACAGUUCCUGCUAGUCUUGAUUGCAUCAGCCUUGAUACCUACCUCGGUCCAUGAAUGCGCCCUAUCUUCUUCUUCGUCUUCUUCGGGGGAUGAUGAACGCGAUACAAUAUCUGGACCUCGAAUCUUUACCCAUAUCGAUAUUAUAAAACCUAAUUCUACCUGCGUAAAUGGAUGUCUGAUUUUGUUAAAUGGAGCAUAUGUAGAACGUUAUUCAGAAGUUAUAAAUUCAAGUGAAACAUAGGGCCGAAUUUAAAACAGAACAGGAACUGGCAAAAGAUACCCUUUGUUCUAAUACAGCAAGCCAGCUGCAUCUUAAUGUUAAGCAGUAUUGUUACCUAACUGAAGUAACGAUUUAUAACUGGAACAAUAUUUCAGGAUUUCAGUUGAUGUUUCAUGAGUAUGGCCGCCUACUCGACGAUGGAAUGUUUAGACUCGCUUGUUGUAUUUCUUCUUGUAUUUGUUUUAAUACAUGAAGUUCCUUCCUAUGGAUGUAGUGACAGGGAUUUUAUGUAGUCGAUUACGCAGUGCUGCCUACUAAGGCUAUGCCAACGCUUAAACAUCCUGGUGACACUUUGACCCUGGAAUGCACGAGAGUAGAAACAGCUCCCCACUCUGUGUUAAAUUCCAGGAAGGCUACCUAUGUCUGUGUUCUAAAUCCAACCCAUACCCUAACUCUAGUCUCCCUGGACUUUAGCGCUAACCUAUCUCUGUUUUUGAGGGAUUCCUAUUUUCAUGUUCCACCCAUAACCCUGUCGCGCGUGCAUAUGCAUAAGAAUAUGUGCACCCUAACUUCAUGGAACAACCGAAUUCUAAUUACCUUCAUGUUAAACUCUUCAGGUCACAAUACCUCGGCUGCAGCAACAACUCGCCCAUGAAAUUUUGGGAGGACAGCCGCCGGCCACACAUGCGGCUAUCGCUGAGGCACAAGAAACUGAAAAGGAGGAAGAGUAA